AUGAGUUUCUCCAGGUUCCUAGUUUUUCUUUCCCUCGUACAUGGUUCAUUACAGUCACUGGAUGACACAGAAAGAUUCUGGACAGAAGAUGUUUCAACUGGCAUUCACUAUCAGAUAAACUCAGAAUCAGCUCUAACAUGGCACCAAGCAAGGAAAAGCUGUCAGCAGCAAAACGCAGAACUAUUAAGCAUCACAGAGAUUCAUGAGCAAGCAUAUAUAGGAGAGCUAACUAAAAAAUUCAGUUUUGCAUUCUGGAUUGGAUUGAACACUUUGAAUUUCAACAGUGGAUGGCAAUGGGCAGGGGGCAGCCCUUUCAGAUAUUUAAACUGGGCUCCUGGAAGUCCUGUCCUGCUGCCUGGGAAAAUCUGUGGAGUGAUGAAUCCCAGAAAGAAUGCUAAAUGGGAAAACCGAGCGUGUAACCAGAGACUUGGCUACAUUUGUAAAAAGAGAAACUUCCACUCCGAUUCUGACAUUAUACCCAAAGAAGAAUUGAGACCUAUUAAGUGCACAGAUGGUUGGCGGCCAUAUGCAGGCCACUGCUACAGCAUUCAGCGAGAACCCAAAUUAUGGAAAGAUGCUCUGACUUCAUGUAAGAAGCAAAACGGAGAUUUGGCAAGUGUCCACAACAUUGCUGAAUACAGCUUUCUAGUGUCACAGCUUGGUUACAAGCCAACAGAAGAGCUAUGGCUGGGUCUGAACGACCUGAAGGCUCACUUCUAUUUUGAGUGGAGUGACGGGACUCCUGUGACGUUCACCAAAUGGCAGCGCAGACAUCCCACCUACACAGGCGGUCUGGAGGACUGCGUUGUCAUGAAGGGGCAGGAUGGAUACUGGGCAACUGAUGUUUGUGAUAAGCAACUUGGCUACAUCUGUAAAAAGAAGGCUUCAGCACAAUCCUCUGAAAAAGAGGCAAUGGAGGACCCAGGCUGCCAGAAAGGUUGGAAAAGAUAUGGUUUUCACUGUUACUUGGUAGGCUCUGCACUUUUGACGUUCUCAGAAGCAAAUAAGACAUGUGAACAGAGCAAAGCUUAUCUAGCUACAGUGGAAAGCAGAAAUGAGCAAGCCUUCCUGAUUAGUCUGACGGGGCCGAGGUCUGAAAAGUAUUUCUGGAUCGGUCUCUCUGACACAGAAGAACGAGGGAGUUUCAGGUGGACCAGUGGUGAAACUCCUCUCUUCACACACUGGAACACAGCAAUGCCAGGAAAAGAGCAAGGCUGUGUUGCCAUGGGAACUGGAGUUGCAGCUGGAUUAUGGGAUGUUGUUAGCUGUGAGAAGACAGCAAAUUAUCUUUGCAAACAGCAGGCAGCAGGAGUCCUACCUUCUGCUCCUCCGGUACGGAUCCUUGCGUCUCCCUGUGCCGAAGGCUGGGAUGGAGCAUUCCAGGCAGACUCAUGCUUCAAAUUUUUUGUGAGAGAGGGAAACCAAAAGAAGUCUUGGUUUGAGGCUGAAGAAUUCUGUAGAGAAAUAGGAGGAAAUCUGGUCACAAUCAAUACAAGAGAAGACCAGAUUUUAUUAUGGCAAUUAGCAUCGGAUAAAGGACUACACACUCAGGCUUUCUGGAUCGGUUUGUUUCUCUUAAAUCCUAAUGAAGGAUUUGCCUGGAUUGAUGGUUCCCCUGUAAUUUAUGAGAACUGGGAUGAAGAUGAACCCAACAACCAUGAAGAACUUGAACAUUGUGUUAUGUUUAAUAGAUCACCCCAAAUGCGCUGGAACGACUUGCGCUGUGAACACUUACUUAAUUGGAUUUGUGAAACAAAAAAAGGUACACUUCUAAAACCUGAACCAAACUACAAAUUUGAAUAUCAAGCCACCAAUGAUGGAUGGAUUGUGUAUGAAGAUAAGCAGUAUUAUUUCAGCAAAGAACAUGUCCAUAUGGAAGAAGCACGGAGAAUUUGUCAGAAGAACUUUGCAGAUCUUGUUGUCAUUGAGAAUGAAAGCAAAAGACAAUUUCUAUGGAAAUAUAUUUACACAAAACUCAGAGUGGAAUCAUAUUUCAUUGGAUUAGUUGUCAGCUUUGAUCGGAAAUUCAGCUGGCUGGAUAAGACCCCAGUGAACUAUGUUGCCUGGGCUCCGAAUGAACCCAAUUUUGCGAAUAAUGAUGAAAACUGUGUGAUAAUGUCAAAAGAUUUUGGCUUUUGGAAAGAUACAAGCUGUGCUGUGAAAAAUGCCUUCAUCUGUGAAAGGCACAAUUCAACUUACUCAGGAUUUGCUCCUACUGUACUUCCACCUCUGGGAGGAUGUCCUGAAACUUGGCUUUUGUUUAACAAUAAGUGUUAUAAAAUAUUUGGAUCCAGAGAAGAAGAGAGACUGACUUGGCACUCUGCAAGAAGUGCUUGUAUAGAAUUAGGGGGAAAUUUGGCCUCGAUACACAAUGAGCAAGUGCAAGCCUUCUUUACCUUCCACCUAAAGGAUGUUGCCAGUGAAACAUGGAUUGGACUGAAUGACAUUAACAGUGAGGAUACAUAUCUUUGGACAGAUGGAAGCAUUUUUGACUAUUCAAAGUGGGCAAGACGAUUCCCAUUUAGAGAUAACUACAUAAAAGUUGACUGGAAGUAUAUUACAAUACAGACUGACUGUAUUGCAAUGACAAAAAGAUCUGUAGAUGAAGCAGGGUACUGGGAAAACACUGACUGCCAGCAUAAAAAAAGCUAUAUAUGUCAGAUGGACAGCAAGCCUGAACUGCUUCAUUCCACAACUGCUCCAGAUUCUGAUUUCAUCCAUUAUGGUAACAGCAGCUAUUUAGUCAUUCCUUCUAAAAUGAAUUGGGAGGAAGCAAGAAAAGCCUGCAAGGAGAAAUCUUCAGAGCUUGCCAGCAUUUUUGAUUAUUACAGUAAUAUAUUCCUGCUGCUGCAGGCAGCACAAUAUGGAGAGCCCUUAUGGAUUGGGCUCAACAGCAAUGUGAAUUAUGGCUAUUACAGAUGGACUGAUAAAAGGAAAUUAAACUUUUCUAAGUGGUACUAUGGAGAACCAAAACAGAAAAUAGCCUGUGUCUAUCUAGAACUCCAUGGGACCUGGAAAACAGCACCUUGUAAUGAAAAACAUUUUCCUGUCUGCAAAAAAUCUGAGGACAUACUUCCUUCUGAUCCACCGCAGGAUAUUGGAAAAUGUCCUGAAUCUGAUCACAUAUCUUGGAUUCCUUUCCGAAGCCACUGCUAUAAUUUCAAUGACAAUGAAAUGAGCUGGGCUCAGUCUGUGACUCAGUGCGUUCAAUCAGGUGGUACAUUGGCUUCUGUAGAAGAUCUGGCUGAAUCAAACUUUUUAGUAGAACACGCAGACUUAUACACAAGCAAGACAAGUGGCUUUUGGAUAGGAAUAUACAGAAAUGUAAACGGGCAGCUGCUUUGGCAAGACAACAGUGCCUUAGACUUUGUGAACUGGGGUGAAGGACAGCCCUCGGAGGAUCAGCUUGAUUACUGCGUGGAGUUGUCUGUGUUCUCUGGCUACUGGAGUAUCCUUCCUUGCUCUUCCCAAAAGGGUUUUAUUUGUAAGAAACCAAAAACUAUUCUGAAAGCAGCUGCAAACGUGGAAGAUGCCAAAAAGGACAAAGCUCAUGGUCGCAUGAAUACGUGGAUACUACUUACUCUAGUCCUCAUCGUUUUAUUAGGGAUGGGCUUCACGAUUUAUUUCUUAUUCAAGAUCAAAACUCAACGUGAGACUGAAAGAGAGGCGAGGCGGCGCAGCAGACUGCUAGAAUACAGCCAUGUCCUAACUGGAAAGGACAAUGAAAAUGAUUCUACCAAUGACAAAGAAAAAAAUGAACGCAGUGUCGUCUAA